ACAUCUGGAAGGGGUCGUCCCCCAAAGACAAAGAUAGUGAAAAAGGAGUUAGCACUAGAGGAGACGACAAGUAUAACACCUGCUUACCCUGCUGGUGGAGUGCAACCAUCUGUGGAGAUAGCCAAGUGCAUCAGCUAUCAGAAAUUCAGAUAUAGUGGGGAGAACAGACCUGGAAAAAAGUAUCAGGAGAAGGAAUUCAUGACACUCAGGCUGAACCACCUCUCAGACAAAGUUGUACGCAUUGUCAUCAUUUGCACGGAUGCUGAGAACAAAGAGUUGAUUCAUCCAAAUGGAUUGGUGGGCAAGGACUGCCAUGACGGCAUCUAUGAUAAAGAGUAUGCGAUCACAAAAGCACAGUACAAUGUCAAAAUUCCAUAUCUGAGAACAGAGCGUAUCAAGACAAAAAAAAAUGAGCACGAAAAGAUCAAGUCGGUUCUUCAUGAUCGAGCUUUGCAUCUUCCGACGCCAUACAGAGAACGAUGUCUGUCUCAGUGCACAGACAAAUACACAGCAACUCGCAAGUUUGAUACCACCAAGGUUUGCCUGGGUGUGAUUGUGACAGUACUGAGCCACCAGGGUCACUUCAAUGGCUCUCUCCACGCCAUCAGCCAUGUUGUGAGAAAUGCCAGUGAGAAGACUAUCCUUGGUAUUCAUAAACUGAGCCAGGAAUCUGUGCAGUCAGGCACUGGUGCUGAAAUUGAUAUUUUCACCACUGAGGAUGGACCUGCUAUUGAACCAGGAAAAUGUUUUGUAUUUGUCUCCUGUAACCUGGAGCAUGGGGAGUCCUGGAGCUCUGAGAAAUUUAUCCCUGAUAAAGAGGACAUAUUGUACAAGAGGGUGAUCAGGUACCCUGUGCCAGUUUUUGAGCCUUACCAACACUUACCGAGUCCCAUGGAGGCAAUUCUUCACUUAGAGUGCCCUCAGAGCAACCAGUACUGUACCUGUCCACUGACCUUCCUCCCACCGCAAGGGAUGGUGGUGAUAGAUGAAAGAGGUUAUUCAUUGAAACGUACAUAUCCGGAACAUGAGGACAUAAAGCCUUGCCCCAAGAGACUGAGGCAUGGAAUUGCAGAGGACGUAAGAAGUACAGAUUCAAUUAAAGCAAGUUUGAAAACAAAGUUGAAAGCUCGACAAGUGGACUAUCCCACCACUGUGGACAGUGAGUACGCAGCCAGCCCCAGCCAGCCUCAGGAUGGGGAGCAGCUCAUCAUCAGCCACCAAGGCUCCCACUAUGAGAUGUACGAGCAGUCGCAGCCACAAGUGCUGGUUCACCACCAUGACCCCAGCACUGGCGAGUCGUCUGUCCUCCUGGACAUGGAUGGUGGAAAGAGCAACGGCUCAGACGCGGCGGUGGUGGUGGAAGAUGAGAACCAUGUCCCCAUGCGACAGAUCUCCUUGGAACGCUUGCCAAAGUCACAUGUGAAACAGCUAAUCAGCGCAGGGAAAGGAAAUCAGUUUCAGGGUCACGGCCCUGACGUUCAAGUGGUAGCUGCAGGCUACUCUGACGCCGUGCCACCCAACACCACUGUGUACAUCUACACGACCAACGGAGGCAUCCCUGCUGAUCACGUGGCUAUUGAUGAGGCAACUGGGGAACAGCUCGUUCUGCAGGAAAUAGAUGGUGAACACUUAAUGAUUGCAGGGGAGGCAGACAUAAUGAAAAAUAUAUCUCAGAAUCAGGUGGAAGAGUUGGAGAAUGCCUCAGAACUUCGUACUGGAACUGUGACUUCUGUCUCUGAGCAGCCAGUCUUUAGCCAACCGCUGCGGGAGAUUAGCUCCCGGAGGCAAGUUGCCUCGAAACAUAUCUCAGCCACAACAGGCGGCAAGCAGUUAAUCUCUAAGUUGUCCAUGCCGGAACAUGCAGCUAAAGGUUCUGAUCAAAGUGUUGCGAAGGACCGGUCAGGACAGAAGUCUGUUACAAGGUCUGAUGCUCGUAACUUGUCAAGCAUCCCUUCUUCUAGUGUGUCAAAUGUGUCGUCCACCAGUGUGUCAAAUGUGUACAGCAACACUGUCACUUCUUCUGCCACUGGGAUCCCCCCUCUGACACGCAUCCUGAUACCGAACAAAUCACCGAGCAAAUCGUCAGCUGCUUCCCCCUGGGAGGUGGAAGGAGAUGAAGACGCUGCCAUGGCUUCCUAUAUUCUGGUGUCUGGGGGAAUUUAUGACACAAAUUCCAAGACAGCAGGCCAGACAGUAGAUGUGAAGUCAGAGAGAGAUUAUAGAGAACGGUAUAGCGCAGCGCAGGGAGCCACUUUACCUCAGGCUAGUGGAGAUGCAGACCAAAGGAAGGAGCAGCGAGUCGGUGCUGUGCACCAGGGGGAGCAGAAUGCUUCCGAAGUGUCUGCAACCGGGACACAGCCAGCAGGGAGAAAUUCAGAAGCAGCAGCCAAAGGAAGCCUCACCUCAAUGGAGUUGCAUUUAACAAAGAUGAUAGUGGAUACUACUAAUCCCACUGACAAUUUAAGCACAAUGCAUCUGGCAGAAUUUGCUGAACACUUCGAAGAGAAAGAAAGAGAAGCCCAGAGAGAGGCAGAAGUAAUCAAGUCAAAGGAAUCACCAGUAGGACCUGUAUAGCCAAAGACUUAUGAUGUACGCAAAAUGCUAUUCUGUGGACAGUGUUUGAAAUGACAAAACAAUAUUUCUUUAAAAAAAACAAACUUCGAACGUUCCCAUAUUCGCAUAUGAAAUGGAUGGAUGUAGGUGGUUUGGACAUGACGAAGACAGUAGAUGUCGAAAGACACUUGUCCAUAUUGGUGGAGGACCUUUUCCUCUAGUUAAGAAGUGACAUGCUUCAACUCCAUAAUCCUUUGUCUCCAGUAUCUCAAAGCAGCGCAGUGUUGUCAUUGUUUCGCAUGUUUGAUGAAGGCCAGAGGUCAGGGUUUCAUGUAAAGGAUUAUAUGUAUGCUGUAUAAUGUGCAUCAUGUCACCUGUUUCUGUUUUUCGUGAUGGUGCCUUACCAAGUCAACCAUAUUGUUGGGCUGCUGUUUGUGAUACCAAGUUCCUUCUUGAUGGAGAUUAUUGUUGUAUGGACGCUGAAGCAGCUGGGGGGUUUUGAGUACUAUUGUGAUAUAUAUGAUUACUACUGAUUUGUUUUUUAAAGAUUGAAAAAAGAUUACAUUUUUCUUUUUAUUACACAAGGAAUUGUUUUGGGAGCUUUGGCAAGCACUUCUCGUAAGUUCUGCUUGUUGUGCAUCUUCCUGAUUCCUUUUGUUCCUUUGCCAAUGUUAUCCCCAUCUUCUUGCAAGAAAGGGUAAUCUUUUUGUCAAUGUGUUUGUCCACAAUUAACUGCCAAGAGCACUCAGAACAGAAAAUUAAAACGUGGUCUUUGUAAUGUAGAUCUAUCUGCAUAUUUUUGUGCUCGAGUAAAGCGUAUCCUUCAUCCUUCAUCUAGACAUCAAAUUUAGCUCGAGUUGUUCCAUGCUAAAGUUUUCUUUUAUAACAAGAAUAAAUUUUUUUUCUUGGAAAAAAAUAAUGCUUAAGUUGAGGGUUCAGUAUUUGAAGUUAUAAAUUUUGUUCUUGCUUACAUUUUGUUUCUUUCUUGCUUAAAGCCAUUUCAACAUAAAAGUUUCAAAUCCGCUCAUUGACAGGUCAUGGAAAUGAAUGGUUAAUACCUUAAUAUUUCAAUGCUUUUUUUUCCACCGUAUGUUGCUAUGAAACAUGCUAUUACAUUUAAAUAACAAUUUUAUUUUGCAUUUUUUUAUUGACAUGCUGGUGAGCAUUUACUCUAAUUAGUAGCUCAUCCGUCACUGAAAUGAUAUGAGCUUCGAUACUCACAUUGACGAUAACCAUUCUGUGGAUAUGCCCCUGCUUGAAUAUAUGCACAUGGACCAAGAAGAGAACUAUUUUCAUUUUCAUAUUUAAAUCAUCUGGAAAGAGUGUGAACUGAAAAGUAUGACUGUCCAUGUUUUUAAAUUUUUGGACAAAGGACCAAAAAAUGUUUGCUUCCAGUAUCAAGAAGUGAGCUUCAUAGUGAGGAAAUGCUCUCAUUUUAUUUGUAGUCAUAAAUCGUGGAUAAUCCAAACCUGCCUCCAUCCAGAAUAGCUUUGUUAUAUGCUUGAUAUUUAUUCUCUCAAAGCUCCAAUGUGAAUCCUUUUCACAAUUUUGUCACUUGCUCAAAGGGAUAACUGUGACUUGUACAUUUAAAUUUGAUUUUCUUCAUGAAUUGUUUUAGAUGGUAGAGUUUCUGCACUUCAAGAUUUUAAUUUGUGUGUCGGCCUGUGAUAGUAGUGUCUGAUUUUGUGUUGGAUUUUUGCUUUGUUUAUUGGUGGAGCUUUGAUUUGUGAAUCUUGCGAAUAUUUUCGGCCUUUGCUCUACUACUUGUAAUGAGGGUUGGGACUGUAUAAUAGAGUGAUUUCUAGGAGUCGGAUGUUCCAAGAAUAAGAUGAUGAAAUAACCAUUUCAUUUUCACUUGGAUCAUUCUUGUUGAUAUUAACAUAGGGGGGAGAUUUUUGUGACUUGAUUGUGGGUUGAUCCCAUUUGUCAGAUAGGUAAUGGCUUUGCCUUGCUUCCCAAGGACCAAAAUGUUUAAGGAGAGACACCUGUAUUAGUUUUUCUUUUAGGUUUUAAAAGAAUGAUGUGAUAAUUAAGGUGACAAAGGUGCUGGAAAAAUCUGAAUAACACAAUUGACAGUACAUGUUUUGUGAUGGCAGAGAUUUAAUUGUAUGAGUGGACUAAAAUAUGAAAUGUUCUUUUUACAAAUCUAUUAACUGUGUGUAAGACACUGUGUGUUGAGUGGGUGUGUGGUCUGUGUUGUGCUGAUUUCUAGAUGAGAAACUAAGCGUUAUGUCAGAUGGUAACAGGAAGAACAUAAAAGUCGGUGUUAGAUGUGUCUGUAUGAGAGAAUGUUUGUUGUUAGUCUACCAUUUACUUUAUACUGUAUAGUAGAAUGAAUAAUGCAUGUGUUGAAUGCUUUGGUAUGCAGUGCAGACAUAAUAUAUAUAUAUAAGAUAUAUGUAUAUAUUGUACACAUAUAAUUUACUCAUUCCCACUGCCUCUCUCUGUCUCUAUCUCUUUAUUUUUAAUGCUAGCUAACUAAUGAUGUAACUGACUUUUUUUAUCCUCUGUUUGAAUGACAGGCCUGUACUGUGUUCUACUCAUAGAAAGUAGGCUACUUUUUUGUGUUUAAAAAAAAAGUGUUUUUUGAGUUCCCUGUUUCUCAGAAAAAGCAGGUUUUACAUAUUGAUAAUACAUCCUGCACUUUCUCAGUAUGCAAAUAUUUCCUGAUGGAAUUCACAUUUUUUAAAAAAAGGUUGCAGGAAACAUUUCCCAUUUACAAUAAUUAUUGUCAUUUAAAUAAACUAAUACAUGAAUGUAUUAUAAACAAAGAAAUGAACAGAUUAACAAAUAAAUGAAUAAAUAGAUUAAUAGAGAAAUUAAUAUAUUCAUAAAUAAA